AUGGGUCAUAACCCAUUGGGUCCUGAAGACCAUUUUCCUAAAGCUCAGGACAUGGAUAUGGAUGAUGAUCCAGAUCCUGCUGAACCACCAUCUAGGACACCGCCUCACCCCAUCGAGAUUUCGGAUGGGUCGUCUUUUCAUGGAUCACCUUAUCGUGCACCUCAGCAGCAGCAGGAUCCCUCAGAGGAUUCACGUUUUGUAGCGGUCACUCCACCGCCGCCGCCGCCAGAUCAGCAGCUGGCCCCGGAGCGACCGAGGCGGAGAAGAUCAAACGCACAGAUGUCCGUGCGAGGGGGAUUCCCUUUCAGCACCCCUCAACCUUCCAGUGGCAGUCACUACCCGCCACUAUAUGGAGACCCACAGAUGGGUGGGCCUUCAAACCCCGUUUCCGAGGUGGACUCUGCGCCAGUCGCACCACCACCAGUGGGUUAUGAUAACCUGAUUCCUUCAUACGCCGAUGCAGCGGCAUAUAACCCUUUUGAGCAGCCAGCCCAUACUAACUACAACUACGCCGAAGUUGACCCAUACCUUGUAGCGGCAAACUACAAUGCUCUUCAUCCCAAGGGGCCCUAUGGAGCUCCAUGGCAGACCGGAUACCCGGCCUAUGGGUACCAAUACCCGCCACUUCCUCAACCUCCGCAGUAA